AUGAAUCGGCGCCAGCCUGCGCGCGCGUCGAAGAAGCGACCAUCAGAAGAAGCCUACAGCGAAGGCAGUGAGAAUGACGGCUCGGACGCAAGCUGGGAGGACGACUCCACCGUAUCCAAUAGUUACAGUGCGGCGACGUGGAGUGUUGAGGAUUCAAGCGUGAUGAUACGCCUGUCGAGAGAGCAAGUGGAGGCCGACGUGUACAAUCCGUGUACCCGCGCCGGCGUGCACCCGACUGGUGACAGCACCUACUUUAUUUCCGUUUAG